GACACGUUUGUUGACUGUUAGGAAAGUGUUGCUUUCGGCGUAUGUUUUGACAGCAGCAUCGUCGCUAACCCUUAAUAUAUUUAAUUGUAGUUGUAUUAAAGUUAAAGCAGAGGAAUCAGAUCAUGCUGUAAAGUCAGAUAGCUAAAAAAAUCAACCUGCCAAAAUGAGGAAGACGCACCUCACCCUGACACUUCCUCAAAAGUAGUCCCGUUCAGAGGCGGUCGGUGUGUUUUUGCUUUAUUUUAUCAUUUCUUUUUUGAUUGCUGAUACUGAGUGUGUUUUGGGAAGGAUUUCUAGGGAACUGGGCUUGUUUUAAAGUAUCAGAGAUGCUGAAUGUCCCAUCUCAGGCUUUUCCUGCUGCUGGAUCCCAGCAGAGAGUCGCGCCAGCCGGACAGUCCAGAAACAAGUUUAAUUCAGGUGGUGCUGAAACCCGGUCACAGUUUGCUGGACUGGAUCCGACUGACCAAAAGUGGACAGGAUUUAACAGGACUGAGAGGUCGACUGAUCGAGGUCACGGAAGACGAGCUGAAGAAACACAACACUAAAAAAGACUGCUGGACGUGCAUUAGAGGUAUGGUCUAUAACUUGAGUGCCUACAUGGAUUUCCACCCUGGUGGAGAAGAGGAGUUAAUGAGGGCUGCUGGGAUUGAUAGCACUGACCUGUUUGACGAGGUCCACCGGUGGGUGAAUUAUGAGUCGAUGCUGAAGGAGUGUCUGGUGGGGAGGAUGGCAGUGAAGCCCAGCCCUGCUCUACAAGCUCAGACAGAGAAGACUGAGAGCACUCAUUUAAACGGUUUAUCUGCGCCUUCAUCUUUAAGACCAGAGCCUUUAUCUGCUCCUCUUCCUGCCAAAGACCAUCGUCCCCGGUAUGAUUGGUUCCAGACCGAUGGCACGGUCAAUAUUGUUGUUUACACCAAGCGAAAGAUUCCCAGCGCCGGCUGUGCAGUGGUGGAUCUACAGGAUGAUAAUCUCCGAGUGGAGAUGCUGUUGGGCAGGAUGUCAUACCUUCUCUACUGGCGCCUCUCCAGUAGAGUUCAAGAUCAUGUUGAUGUGCAGACAGCCCACUCUGUUGGAAAGGUUCAGUUGUGUCUACGCAAAUCCGUCAAAGAAAAGUGGACGCAAUUGGGACAACCGCUAGAACACCAUGACACAUUCAUUCAGUGUAAAGAUCGGGGGCUCUUCUACAGGGAGUGUGUGUUGCUUUCGAAAACAGACGUCACACACAACACGCAGCUCUUGCGUUUGCAGCUUCCUCGAGGUUCACGUAUGCAAGUUCCUGUGGGAAGACACGUCUACCUCAAAAUGUCUGUUCAGGGUACAGAUGUUGUGAAACCAUACACAGCAGUGGAUCAGAUGCUAAUACCUCCCUCACAGUCCGGUGCUGAAGUGGGCUCAGACAUGCAUCUCAUGAUAAAGGUCUAUCCGGAUGGAGUGUUGACCCCGCACAUCGCCAACCUUCCUGUUGGAGCGUCUCUGUCUGUUGGAGGCCCUGAAGGCUCCUUUACUCAGCGAGUCCUGCGUGAUGUCACUCAUCUCUACAUGUUAGCAGCGGGCACAGGAUUCACACCCAUGGCUCGUCUCAUCCGGCUGGCCCUGCAGGACUUCACAGUGAUCAGAAAAAUGAAGCUGAUGUUCUUCAACCGGCAGGAGAGAGACGUACUUUGGCAGUCACAGCUGGAUGAACUAUGUACAAAAGAGGAAAGAUUUGAGGUGCAGUAUGUUCUCUCAGAGCCUGCAGACUCGUGGACGGGCAGAAGAGGACGGAUAGAUGCUUGUAUGCUGCAGAACUUCCUGGAGAGGCCAGAAAACUCCAAGUGUUUAGUGUGUGUGUGCGGCCCUGCUGGGUUCACGGAGUCAGCAGUGCAACUGGUCAGACAGCUGGACUUCAGUGAAGAGGAACUCCACGUUUUUCAGGGUUGAUUGCGAUGUAACAGAUUUCUCACACACACACACACACACACUCGCAGAUUUGUUUCUAUGCAUAUGAAAUGCACUUACCAAUGAAGACAAACACUCCCAUGAAGCUGCAACACUCGUCAUCUCUCAGUUCGUGGGAAUCCAAUGCAUAUAGACUCAAAACUAAUGCACUUACUGAUCGUCUUGUAGCACUAUAAGACAAUCAAUCCAUCAAUCAAACGCGUCCUAACAUUACAUUCCAGAAACGGCUGAAAUAUUAGGACGUUUAAGACAGAAGCCUUAAGCAGGACAACUCUGCAACAUUAAAACAGAUCAUCUAUUACGCUGUCCACAUUUUUUCAGACAUCCUGCAAGGACGUGAGAGGUUUGGAGCAAUAUAGUACUGUAAAUCAAUGCGACUUAAACAUGACGUGCUGUAGGAAGCAAAUGAUAUACAAUAUAGCAAAUUCUCAGUAAACCAGAAUGCAGUACAAGUUAAUUCGACUGCCACAUGCCGUUUUCUUAACAGUGUAGAUGUAGACUAUGUCCUUAAAUAUGGUUUGUACCUCUAGUGCUGUUGAAUCUAGUGGAAUGCUGUAUUUCUGAGGUCUAUCACGGGUCUGAUAUUGGUUUUGGGAGGGGAUGAAACUAUUCUAGCACAGCACUUUGUGUUAAACCAGCAGACCAGGCUGUUUGUUGUACGCUACUUCGGAUAAAAUGCGAAGCUGAGAUCUGAAUAUUUAUUUAUUGAUGUAAACUCUUGACUGUAAACACAUUAGUAUUGAUUUAAAACUAACGGCUUCCAACGGAGGAGGUUGGUUGUUUCAUAAUUAAAUGUUUUAAUGAAGAACAUCGUGUUUGAGUUAAAUGCUGACUUGUACUCCUGGUUUCGCAAGGUCCAAGCCUAGUCGCUGAUUAAAUGUAAUUUCUGGGCGAGUUCUGGGCUGUUUCAGCUUAGAUGCUGUUCACAUAUUGUGUCUGAAAGCGUGUGGCGUGUCACUUCCUUCACCAUUUUCAACACGUUUUGCUCUUGCACUCAUAAGGUGUGUUUUGUGGUUAGUCAACCAUCAAUUCAACUUUAUUUGUAUAGCAACUUUAAUAAUAAUUAUACAGUUAAAGUCAGAAUUAUUAGCCCCCCUUUGAUUUUUUUCUUCUUUGUUAAAUAUUUCCCAAAUUAUGUUUAACAGAGCAAGGAAAUUUUGACAGUAUGUCUGAUAAUAUUUUUUCUUCUGGAGAAAGUCGUAUUUGUUUUAUUUCGGCUAAAAUAAAAGCAGUUUUUAAUUUUUUAAAACCCAUUUUAAGGUCAAAAUUAUUAGCCCCUUUAAGCUAGAUUUUUUGUGAUAGUCUACAGAAAAAACCAUCGUUAUACAGCAACUUGCCUAAUUACCCUAACCUGCCUAGUUAACCUAAUUAGCCUAGUUACGCCUUUAAAUGUCACUGAGCUGUAUAGAAGUGUCUUGACAAAUAUCUAGUCAAAUAUUAUGUACUGUCAUCAUGGCAAAGAUAAAAUAAAUCAGUUAUUAAAACUAUUAUGUUUAGAAAUGUGUUGAAAAAAUAUUCUUUCUGUUAAACAGUAAUUGGGGAAAAUGUAAACAGUGGAGCUAAUAAUUCAGGGGGGGCUAAUAAUUCUGACUUCAACUGUAGUUUCAAAGAAGCUUUACAAAACAUGCAUAUUAUUGUUAGGGAUGGGUACUAAAACUCAGUCUUUUAUCGGUAUCAGUGCUACAUUAUAAAAGACCAAAGUAUAAAGGCUGAUUUAUACUUCUGCGUGAAGCCACAUGUAUGCAACGGUGCGGCCUGCGCGUGGACGCAUAGCCCUCGCAGUGGCCACUGGCGUCGCUGGCGCGCACCUCUCAAAAAAAUGUUACUACACGUUGCAACGACGAUUGGUCAGCUUAGUAUCGCUAACAAGUGUGGGCGGGACCGAGACCCACGCGAGCCAGAAGGAGGGAGUGUUUACAAAUGUGGAGUCCCGUGAAGAAGCUCCGGAUGGAAAGGUGUGGGUCCUAAUGCCCCAGUAUAGUGAUGGGGACUCAAAAAUUCUCAGUGAAUGCCGUCUUUCAGAUGAAAAGCUAAACCGAGGUCGUUAAAAAUCCCAGGAUGUCCUUCGAAAAAGAGUAGGGGUUUCACCACGGCAUCCUGGCCAAAUCUGCCCACUGGCCUCUGUCUAUAUCACUCUGUCUCCUCUCCACCAAUCAGCUGGUGUGCAGUCUUUCGCAAUUAUGGCUGCCGUCAUGUCGUCCAGGUGGAUGCUGCACACUGGUGGUGGAUGAGGAGAUUCCCCCUUAUGUGUAAAGCGCUUUGAAUGCGCAGAAAAGUGCUAUAUUAAUGUAAGGAAUUAUUAUUAUUAGUAAGUAUAAAAGCCUUUACAGUUCUCGGCUGUGAGUGCAGAGUGGCGGAGAGAACUAAACGGUUAAGAGGUUGUAUUUCCUGAGUGGACACCGACAAUGUCCGUUGCAACAAACACAACAAGUUGUCUUCUUGCGUAAGCGGGAACGCUAGCAAUCUGGCUAAUGGCUCGUUUCCACUGACUGGUACGGUACGGUACGGUUCGGUUUGGUACGGGUCACCUUUAUCAGACUUGCGUUUCCACUAACAAGGGUACCCUUUUGGUGGGCGUGGUGUAUGACAGAAAGUUUCAGUCGACGUCAUUCUAGCUCGAGGAAAUGUCUACAAUAAAGCUGUACAGGUCGCUCACAUAUCAUAUGAGAAGCACUUCUCACAAAACAGAUGCUUUACACACAUAAAUACUUGUGUAGAAAUGUUUAUUACUAACUUUUCUAUGAACAUGAGUUGAUUAUAACUGCAGAUCAAAUGAAACAGCCUACAGUAACGUUUGUAAUUAUAUUAAAUAACUAAAUAAAUGAACAUAUAUAAACACAUACAGCCCCUUACAGUCUCCGAUAUGUUACCAACUACAGAAAAACUACAUAAAGUAGACAUUUCGCCCGUAUUUAAUGUGCUCCUUUUUUCCGGCUUCUCCUUUGUUUCUUCACGCUUCACUCUCGCGUUUGUCAGUGUCUGACAGGAUCGGGUUUCAAAAGCACGUCAAUAAUCAAGCGCAGGUAAUUACCAUCAGCUCAAGAAGUUUGUUAUUUCAGAUAUAAUGUUAGACGCGCGCGAGCGCUAGCAAGAAAGCGAAACCGCUCGCGCCUCAGACUGGCUCGUAAAAAACUACGGGGCACAGGGUAAAUCUGCUCUUCUUCUUGGAUUUGUGGCUGUUUAUCAAGAUGACGACAAGGUUUGUUUGAGCCCAGAUCGACCAUGGCUCAUUAUUAUAUGUAUUUAUAAUUCCGCUAUAAUCUCUCGCUGUGUUUUUCAAACAUGGCGGUUUUUUGUUUUCAUUCUGGCUUGUUGCGUAAGCGAAUGACGUAUCUCUGUAAACCAAUAGCAUUCAGCUGCGCGUCUAGCUCCGCCUUUUGGUACCCUUUCUCGUGUUUGGUACCCUUUCGAAAGGGUGCCGAAAAAGUGGUACGGUACGGUUCGGUUCGGUUCGGUACGCUUUUUGACAGUGGAAACGGCCAUAAAAGCGUACCAAACCAACCGAACCGUACCGUACCACUCAGUGGAAACGAGCCAUACGCGUCUUUCAAUUAACUGCAGAAAGACAAAUGAAACGUUUUGACUGCCAAAUGGUUCAUCAUCCUCAACUGUUUUAAAAACACAGUCGGCGCAAUAGCCAAGUGGUUAACAUAUGGUGCAGUAGCACUUCAGGGCGAGUUUGAAUCUUGACCCGAGGACGUCCCUACCUUCUCUCUCUCUCUCUCUCUCUCUCUCUCCCACUUCGCUUCCUGUCGGAAAUACUGUCCUAUCAACCUAAUAAAGGCAAAAAAUAAAUCUUAAAAAAAAAAAACACAGUUAAAUCCCACAACACCGUUAACUGUUAAUGAUAAAUCAUAAACAUUAGCCAUGCUCAUUUCGGUUCAUUUUCCAAACUGACAACCGUCGCUUGUUAACCGAAUAUUAACCGGUCAGAUUAAUAUUAAAUUAUUAUUAAAAUAUAAAAAAUGAACUGACGUGUCUAUUUUGUGUCUGACACAUUAGGCUAAAUAUUGCAUUUUAAAAUAGGCUACUGAUGUAUUUUAAUAUCUGAACAACAGCACACAGAACAUAUUAACAACAGAACAUCUUCACGCACCUGCAGUGUUUGCAACAGCAUAGAAAAACAGAUAAACGGAAUAAAAGGAAUCAAAUAAAUAGGCCUGUCCUAGAUAUUUUUCACUUAAAUUACAAAUUUAGAUGACUAAACGAAAACACUGACCGAAUCCUUUUUAAGAAUCGCCCUUCGAUCGCCCCAUGAAAAUGAUGCACUUAAUUAAUGCUCCACUGUAAUUAUUAGGCUGUAUCACAAACCUCUGUCAACAUUUUAACUGAAGUCAUUAUUUAGAGUUUAUGUCUUGAGCGUCUCAUUCAUUCAUUUUAGGAAGCUUCCCCAACACUCAGGAUGGCUUGAAGGGUUAAAUUAUGGGUUAUUUUUCUACUGUUCCUUUAAGUUAGUAAACAAUAUAUUUUUCAUGCUAUAUUUUUACACUUUCAACACUUUUAUUUUGUCCUUCCAGAGGAGAGUUUUAACAUUGCAAGUGCAAAAAUUGUAUUCUAAUAAAAAAGAGGUCUGUGGAUAUAGCGCAAGUACAUGCAGUAACGUAACAUUUCACACACAAAAAGAUUUUACACACACACAGAUAGAGUUUGCGCAUCUUUUGUAUAAACCGCAAUUCAAAGUAAAGCCAGGAAAGUAACAUAAAAUCAGUUCCAACAUUAAACAUCAAUGUUUUACUCUUCCUUCAAACCUAUUGGAGAUUAUUCUGUUGAACACAAAAGAAGAUCAGGGUAUCCGCAGGGGUCUGAAAAUGCCUUAAAUCUCAAGAUCUAAUUUGUAGGCCUUAAAAAGUCUUACAUUUACUGAAAUAUUGUGUUGUAGGUCUUAAAUCUGUUAUGACCAGGUCUUCAUUUUCCUUAGUUCAUGUGUUGCUAUCCAAUAUGGCCAUUACCACCCAUACAAUCACCAUCAAUCCAUCUUAAUAAAACUUUACACUUUAUUUAAAAGGGUCAUUUUAACUAUCUCUCAUAAUGGUUCAAUUAUUUUCCUUACUACAACAUUAGUUUAAAAGUGCGCCGUGUAUUUACUGCUGAGGACACCGGGCUAGACCGAUGGUUGUGCAUAAUUUAGUUUUUAAAACUUUUAAAACAUUUCAUAUUUUUCUUUUAAAGAAAGUCUUAUGUUAGAAGCAAGUGGAGCUUGCUUGUUUUUACACAACAUGUAGCAUAUUUUGCUAAGAAAUGUCUAAAGUAUUUAAGCACUUAGCCCUGUAUGAGUCUGAAAUUUAAUUCACAAUGGUCUUAAAGAUGUCUUAAGUCUUACAUUUAAUUUGGUGAAACCUACAGAAACCCUGGAAGAUAUUUUGAAGAAUGAGCUAUUGCUUUAAAACAUGUUUAUUAUUCAUCUUAUUAUAGCUAGUGCAAGCUCAUUUGCAUAAAGGCAGUGAGU